UUCUUCACCGUGACCGGGACCGGUGCCAUGCCGUUCCUCAACGUGAGGUUUCAUCUUUCGGAAACUCUCCCUCGAGAAACCAGGGAGCGACUUUCCACUGACCUUGUCGGCCACCAUGCAACACCAGCUGAAUCGGUUGACGAUGCCACGCACAUUAUCACCGAUUCGGAAACUUUCGAGGGUUGGCGGGAUGUCAAAAAUGUCCCCAUCGUCACCGAAGUAUGGGUCGAACAUUCACUCGCAGCGAACAAGAUGCAAAGCACCGAAUUUUAUUCUGUGGAUCCAUCCAAGGUGUUUUCUGGUGUUAUUGCAUGUGGGGCAGAUCUUCGGACAGAUGACGAAGAGAUUAUCAAAGCAGGAGUCGUGAGCCUGGGCGGUCAGUGGCGGACGAGUCUCACAAAAGACGUAACACACCUGUUUGCAAUGUCGACCACGUCAGAGAAGUAUGCAACAGCCAUGCAGCACCGCAGAGAGCACCAGUCGGGCAUCAAGCUACUGUUGCCUGAGUGGUUCGAUCGCUGCAUUUUUUUCGGGAAGCCUGUAGAAACCCAACCAUUCGAAUGGCCGAAACCGACAAUGCUCGACAGAACUCCAAGUAGCCCGGAGAAAUUGAAACGGCAACAAGCGGCGUCGUUGUCGAUGAGCCCUAAGAAGAAGGCCCUCUAUACCUCUUCCGCCCUGGAGGACAAUCCCAAUCCCAAAAGUGUCGCCAUUCUCGGCGUGGAUGGGUCGUUUGAUGUUUGGGAGAAGCGGCGCAUCAUGCUCGGCAGUUCGCUCGAUCUAGCAGACUCGCGGAAGAAGAUAUUCGAGAAUGACAUUCGCAAAGCGGGUGGUAUCGUCGUCAAACCAAGGCCGAACGAAACAGAACUUGAGUUGGUCGACCGAUGCGAUGUUUUAGUGACAAGACAUCGUGCAGGUCCUGAAUUCUUCAAGGCAUGGCGCCGAAAAAAGACAAUCGGGACAUUAAGUUGGGUUCUACACGUCCACCUGAUGAGAAAUUUUUCCAGCCCAAUGGAUCAACUUCUCCACUUUCCGCAUCCCGACCAUCCUAUCAAAGGUUUCCACAAGCAUAAAAUAUCGGUCACAAAUUAUGCUGGUGAUAUACGCGACUAUCUGAAAAAGCUUAUCCACCUAAUGGGUGGUGAGUUUACGUCCUCUUUCAACGGCAAAGUAAACACAGCGCUCGUCGCUGCACAAAUGAGUGGUGCUAAAACUGCCCGUGCUGCUGCCUGCGACGUCCCAGUCGUAAACCACACGUGGUUAGAAGAUUGCUUUCUCGAAUGGAAGGAUUGGAAACUUGCGAAGGAAAAAUAUGUCGCCUACCCAUCGGGAGUGGAGUUUUCGACCAUUCUCGGUGAACGUGGUUUUGGACCACGGAUCGCGGAGGUCAUCGCGGCGGAGGCUGAAGAAGCUGGUGAAGCUAUAGCAUCAGAUUCUGAGCCCGUUACACCACCCGCCGGAAUGUCGCAGAAUAGCUUGGAGGAGACUGAGGUGGACCAGUUGAUGACUGCUCCUUCCUUUGGGGCAGAGGUCUUCUCGACCCCAAAAUCAAGCCCUCGCAAACCUGUUCAACGGUCGGACUCAGAUGUCGAGAUUGAGCAUGCUGGUCCAUCAACUCGCGCACAUUCCGAUUCCCCUCGCGUUCUGCGACCUAGAAGCAAUCAGUCUCCUCGGACCCCUUCGCAAUCGUCGAGGCUGUUGCGCUCGACGACAACGCUGCAGUCGCCUUUGUCGCAAAAUGGAAUCAAUGGCUCUACAUCCAGACUGGUUGCAGACGAUUCCGACAUAGAGAUGCAAGAUGUGGAGGCAACUAUUUCCCCCCGUGGUCAUCGCUCUCGGUCGGGUCCGUCAAGCUCUACUAAGCCGGCAGGGAGAUUGGCCGCUGACGACUUUAACCCUCAAGAAAACAGCCAGAGUCCUUCUCAAGGAAGCCGCAUCGUCAUCCCUCGCCCCAUCAACCACAGCAAGGGAAAGGAAAAAGCACAACCAGAGUUUCGAAUUGGUGCUAGUGUUCGUCAGAAACCUCAGCCGUAUGAAUCAGACUCGGAUUCUGAUCUUCCAGAACUUUCAACUCUUGCCAGCCGAAAGGCAACGGCGACGAACGGGGCGGCGGCAUCCAGCUCUCCACGGAAACCGGCGCCUGUGACCCCACCACCUCCUUCAUCAUCCCUCAUUACAUCUCCAAGGACCACCAGUCGCUUCCCGACCAAGGAAGUGUCUGUGGUAUUACCGACGUUGGCCUCAUUGUCUGCGAAGAAACGUCAGGAGCGACAGGCUUCAACUUCAUCUCAACCAACCUCUGCCUCCGCGCCGCCUCGUAGUGGUACAGCCACGUCACUUUCUAGACGCAAUUCUUCUCCUGGCGCGUCUUCCGCCUUUGAAGACGGGCCAAUUGCAAGCACCUCUCACAAUGGCUUUGGCGUGCGGACGCGGCGAGUUGCGGCCGUCAGGGCCAAUCAACAACUCCAUGACACGGUGAUGCCAGAUGUGGUCAAGUUUCAGCAGGAGAUGCGCAACAGGAAACGACGGGUUUCCGGUCGGUCGGAAGCCAGCACGGAGUAUAUGGAUGAGGAGAGCGAUGCCGCCCCAAGCCAGAAACGGAGAAGAAAAUCUUCUCCUAUUGCUGAAGACACGUCGUUCAGGCGCCUAGAAAAGCCUAUCAAGUUACUCACCACAAAGGUCGAUCUCACCGAUGAUGUCCUGAAGAAACUUGCGCGAUUAGGCGCAAAGGUGACGAACAAGACUGCGGAAUGCACACAUCUGGUGACAACGGGGGUUGUUCGAACCGAAAAAUUCCUCUGCGCGCUUGCGGUGGCGCCUGUGAUCGUGAACGAGGCAUGGGCAACAGAGUCGGCUGCUGCCAACGAGAUAUUGGAUGUUAGCGACUACUUGAUUCGUGACGAGGAAGGCGAGCGGCGGUACGAAUUCCGCCUCGAGGAAGCGCUCAAUCGCGCGCGCGUGUUGAGAGGCACGCUCUUUAAAGAUCACAUUUUUUUCAUGACUCCAGGGUCGUUCAACAACCUGGAUCUUAUCCGGAGUGUCAUCCAGGCGAAUGGUGGGCAGUUCAACUCGGUCAGGCAACCGACACUGCGACAGUUGGAAAGCGACCCGGCACACCGACACCUCGUUUCUUCUGAGGCGGAAAGCGACCUGUGGAAGACGUUGGGGAUCACGGUAUAUAAGACCGAAAUGAUCCUCGCUGCGGCCAUGAAGCAACAGGUCGAUUGGAAGAAUAUAUCCAGGGAGCAUAUUCUGCAGGGUUCAUAG